AUGUAUGUGAACAAGAAGGUGAAUAUAAAUUUCUGCUCGAUUCCGAAGAAGGAAGUUGAAGUGCUGAACACUCCUGCCAUCCCAACAUCACAGGUUUCCUUGGCUACAUCUUUCCGGGAAGGUCAGCAUGAGAUCCUCAUGGGUGUGUCCCUGUCAGUCUUCAUUGCGACCAAUGCCAACUGGCGGGAGCGGUGGACACCGGACGUCGUGAUGAGGAUGGCCAUGCAGGGCUUCUCAGCCCUGGCCUACAUGCACACCGUGUUUAAGAUCCUGCAUCACGACAUCAAGCCGGACAACAUUUGCAUCGCUUAUGAAGGGGACAAUUCACCGGUCAUCAAACUGACAGAUUUUGGAACGAGCAAGACGCCCGAGACUGCAAUCGGCUGUGGUGGCAGGACACCAGAGUACAUGUCCCCAGAAGCCAGCAGACAGUACUACGCUGCCAAGGGGUCGGUCUUCCCUGAAUGUUUCCUAGCCGAAGACAUCACGGGCAAGUCGGACGUGUUUGCGUUCGGUCUGACGAUCUGUUACAUGCUUCAGGGACAACACACUGUCUUUCUGUUGUGGAAAGACCUGCUGAGCUUGUGCAGUGCUCAGCAGUUUGCUGCACUUCGACCAAAAUUCAUUGCCCAUCUUGCAAAGAAUCCUAAUUACAUCCAGGUCUGGGGCAUCACAGCCGACCUGCCUGUAAAGACCCAUGAACUGCUGCAGUGUCUUCUGGUUGGAGAUCCCAAAAUCAGGUUGACAGCAGAGGAGGCAUUGCUGUACAUCCAGCUCCAAGAACAAGGUCAAGUCGUCCUGCCAACGGUUCUGCCACCAUCCUUAUGACAUCCCUGAUGACCUCCGAUCUAACACUAUCAGAAAUCUCGCUGAAGGAACCAGUGCCCCCAGGUGGAGGGAAGGAUAUCAAGUACAGCCUUUGUCAGAAGCUGCUGAGGCGAAAGUCCGCUGACCCCUACCACCGACAAUGUAGCCUCACAGCAAGUGGUAUGACGAGCAAGGCCGACGCGGAGGAAGACAAGCU